UGCCAUGGAAGAAGUAUGAAAACACAGCAGGAACAGGAGCCUGUUUGGUUACUGAUCGAUGCAAUCAUAAAGGUGCGUUCACCUUCUGGCUCCGCCCACUUCAAAGGUCGCUCGAGACCUUUCGUCGGGGACUUUUACUUUCUUUUCUCACUGCCUCAGAACACUGUGGCAACUUUUAAAUGUUUAAUUGGCCUGCUUUUAUUUAUUUUUUUAUUUUUUAUCGUCCUGCUUUGCCUCGACGAUUCAUGUAGCAAAUGUGUUUUACCUUUCAAAUAGCCAUUAAGAAGCUCUUCCCACACAGAAGAAACACUAUCGAGUGAAGAUGGCAGAUGUUAUGUUUUUGGUUUAUGUUACAUGUUUCUGUUUGUAUCAAGAUUUAGUUUUCUGUGAUGAAUAUGGCGAAAGUGGAAACGAUAUCAAACUAAAUCCAGUCAUCCAUGGAAAACCUGAAGAAAUACUGUGGACACAUAAUGGAAACAAGGUUCUGGAGUAUGACGGGAGUGAGAUGGAGACUUUUGGCUCAUUUACAGACCGUGUAGAUCUUGAUUUUGAAACAGGACAGCUCACAAUAAGAAAACUUAAAGACCAAGACAGUGGCACAUAUCAGUCUGAAAUUGUGAUCAGUAAGAAGGUUCAUACCUCCAGUCAUACUUUGACAGUUUUGGAUGCUCUGCCAGAGCCUCUGGUAACCUGUGAAGUGAACGAGACUUCAAAUGUGAAAAAACUGUUCUGUUCAGUGGAAUCCCAGACUGAGCCGAGCUAUGAAUGGAGUGGAUCUGAUGUAAAACAGCCAGGGCCAACACUUGUUGUAAAUGAACAGGAGGAAAACCUUAACUCAGUCUUUACCUGCACUGUGAAGAAUAAAGCUGGAAGCAGGACCACAGACUUUAAUCUGCAAGACUGCGCCACAGGCAGUGCAAACCCUGCUGUGCUUGAACGUGGAAAAGGAAAGUGA